AUGUUAGUUCCACCUGCAAACUUUGGUAUUGCAGAAGAAGGUAUAUUUCGAUGUUCAAAGAUUGAAAAUUUGAAUCUUUCAUUCUUAGAAACCUUAAAACUGAAAACAAUAAUAUUUGUAGAUGGCCAAGAGCCUACGAAAUUCUUUAAAGGCUUCUUCAAAAGCUCAUCCAUAAAAUGGAUAAUUAUAAAAAAUAAUGAUUUUUCAAAUAAUAUUAAUUCAUCAAUUAAUGAAAAUAAGAAUAAUACUGAAAGUAAUAGUCCUUCCGGAAAUGGGGAUGUGACUUUAGUAAAUACUACGCCCACUUUCAAUUUCUCUGAUAUCGAUACAGCCUCUACUGAGAGUCAACAUUCUGGGAUUUCUAAGGAAUUAAUGCCAGAAAGCUCUAAUAAGAAAAAUAUUAAUUAUAAAUCUAAGGAGACCUAUAAUUUGACUGAUGCUGAUGAUUUAAUGCUAAUCAAAAGUGUGUGUCUUAAAAAAAUUUUGAAACUUCUAUUAAAUAAAGAAAACUAUAAUAUUUUAUUGGUGGAUAGAACUUCAAUUGUUAUUGGUCUAUUAAGAAAAAUCCAGAAAUGGAAUAUAUCAUCAAUUAUUAAUGAGUAUAGAUUGUUUUCAGGUAAAAAUAGUAGUUAUUUUGCAGAAAUAUUUUUAGAACUUGUUAAUUUGGAAAUAACGCAACAAGUACUUGGUAAAGAAAACCCUAGUACCUCAUCAUUAGUAUCACCAAAUAUUAUUAUUGGUCCCAAGGAUAACUCUUCCAGCCAUUCGGCUAAUACUAGCAAUGGGGUUUCAAUCAAAAGACAGCGGCACGGUAAUACGCCAAUUGCUACUAAUACUAAAGGGAAUAUGCACAAGGUUGAAAUGUCAGAAAUUGUAAAUGAAGAAGAUCUAUUCACUGCACCCAACGUUCCUCAGCGUAUGCUUAAGCUGGUUGAUGAUGCCCAAACUCGUUACUUUGAUAACCUCCAAGAUAAAAAUAAGGGAAGGGUAGAAAACACCCAAGGUAUCCUCCCAGUUAGCUCUAAUAAUGAAAAUACUAAUGUCACUAAAAAUACACAAUCUGUAAUCCCUUCUUCUUUGCCUUUAAAUCAGACAUACAAAAGUUCAUUACAUAGUCCCGAGACUAUCUUAAAUAUAUCACUUAAUAAGUCAUCUGCAGUCGAUUAUCAGUACUAUAAGUGCUUGCAAGAUACUAUCUUUAAAAAUGGCUCUUCUAAGCGUGGAUCAAGCACUAGAGAUAGUAGUAUACAAGAAAAUAUUAUACAUAUUCAAAUUCCUACGGAAGAUUUGUUGCCAACAUGGUUUACAUUUCAGCGAGACAUUUGGGAACAGAAUUAUCGUAAAAUAAGGCAUUCUAGAGUAGAAUAG